AUGAGUGGAGACGAUAUCAAUGCUGAUCGAAUGCUUGAAGCAAUGGCCAACAAUAAUCAACCAUCGACAAUAAAUCAAUUAAAUGGAUGCACAUCGAAAGAAGAAUUAGACUUAAUAAUGCAUAUACGUCGAACAAUUCUUCAUUUAGAUGAAGAUACUACAAAUGAUCGAUCAUCACCAAAAAAAGAUACAAUAUCAACGACAACAGCAACAUCAUUAUCAACAGCAACACUUGAUUUUAAAAUUGAACGUGCUAAACAAAAAUUUGCAGCUGGAAGUCUUGAAGAAGCUUUUUAUGAAUGUUGGAAAAUUCCUCAAGAACAACGUACACUUGAAAUAUGGAAAAUUGGUGGUGAAUGUUGUAAAAAAUUACGUGUUUUUGCUGUUGCACAACGUUGGUUUUCAGAAGCUAUUCAUGUUUGUCGUUCAAAUAAUACUGAUUUAAACGUUAAACUUGAACAAGCACGUAUUGCUCGAUUUUUUAAUACUUAUCUAACACAAUAUCCAAUGAUUGAUAUACGUGUUGAUGAACGAGGCAAAGGUAUUUAUGCUAAACGUGUGAUAUCACCAGGCGAAGACAUUUUUACCGACAUUCCUCUUGUUCAUGCACAAACAGUUGAUACUUUAUCAAUAUCACCAGCAUGUGCAAUAUGUACAACAUCUUUACUAACUCCAGCUGUUUAUUUUGAAACAACAUGGUCACGAAUACCAGAAAAAUUACAACGACAAAUAGAAGAAUAUUGGCCACAUAUCACACCCAUAUCAUGUCCAUAUUGUCCAUUUGAAUUAUAUUGUUCAGAAGCAUGUCGUCAACAAGCAUGGGAUAAUUAUCAUAAGAUUUUAUGUCCAUCAUUUAAUCCUGAAACUACUGAACUUUAUCAAUUUUGUGCUAAUGGACAAAUAAUUGUACGUGAAACAUGGAAUUCAAUAUUUUCACCAAUGAUAUUGGCUAAAUUAAUAGCAAUGAUUAUUCUUAACGUUGUCAAUUCUGUUCAAAAUGGAACUACUCAAAAUAGUAUUGAUUUGAAUUAUUCACAUAAACUUCAACAAACAGAUGAUGGUCCAUUGGAACAAGCAAAAGAAAUUUUUUCUGAAUUUAUAUCAUCAGGUGAUGCAACAUAUAUUCGUACAAUUCCACGUAUGCUCAAAAUAAUGAAAAAUAUAUUUAAUCAUUCAUCAAUGCCAAUACAUUAUGAAAUUAAUGAACAAGAAUUUACAUAUCGUUUUUAUCAAAUAGCGUGUAAUGCUCAAAGUUUUUCAUCACCAACAUAUGCAACAACAAUAUAUACUCGUUUUUUAUCAAAUAUUCGACAACGUGAUAGAACUGGUUUAUAUCAAUUAUUACAAACUUAUUUAAAAGGCGAACCGAUUGAUCAAGUAUUUGGUGGUCUUUUUCCUCUUCAAUCUUCAUUAAAUCAUUCAUGUGACAAUUCUUGUGAAAUAAUGGAUUGUCAAGUUACACCAGAAGUUGCUGGUAUCAAGGUUCGGUGUAAACAUCAACUUAAACCAGGUGAUGAAUUAACAAUAAAUUAUGUUGAUUUAGCACUUGGACGUCGUGCACGUCGUGCUAUGCUUAAACGCGCAUAUAAUUUUUGGUGUGAAUGUCAACGAUGUACAUUCGAAGGUGAUGAUGCAUAUUCAUGUACAGAAUGUAAAACACUUUCACCAAUUAUUGAUAAUCCAAAUCCAAAUUUAACAAAUGGUAAUAUACCGUAUCGUAAACCAUUUCCAGCUUGUAGUCGAUGUCGUAAUGCAUGGUAUUGUUCACCAACAUGUCAAAAACAAGCAUGGAAACAAGGACAUAAACUUAUAUGUAGAGAUUGGACAAAAGAAAGAAGUUCAUCAUCUGCUAAUUGA